AUGCUCAAGUCGUGGUUUGCUGCUGUGUGCUGCCUCGCCGUCAGCCUCACCGGCACGCCAUUCGUCUCCGCCGACGAAUGGGACGCUCAGACCGAUGUGAUCAUUGAGAGCAUGGACGAAGACCAACUUGUUGGCCAAAUGGUGCAAGUCGCGUUCUCUCGCUUUUUCAACAAGGACAAGACCUUCGACGAGGACAAGUUUCGUGCAUACGCUAAGCUCAAGAUCGGCUCGUAUUUGAGUGGUCCGUGGCAGUCGGGCUCGUACAAUGGCAAGUACGGUUGGACUGCCCAGGAAUGGCGUGAUGUGCUGUCACGCGCUCAAGAGAUCGUCAAGGAGGAGAACGACGGCCACCCCUUCAUCUUCGGUAUUGACUCGCUUCACGGUGCCGGCUUCACGUCCGGUGCCGUCCUCUUCGGCCAGCCUAUCAACGGUGCCGCCACAUUCAACCCCGACCUGGCUUAUGAAAUGGGACGGAUCUCUGGUCGCGACACUCUUGCUGCCGGUACGCCGUGGAUCUUCGGUCCUAUGCUCGAAAUCUCGCAGAAUCCACUGUGGCCGCGUGUGUACGAAACUUUUGGGGAGGACCCGGUAUUGGUGUCGGCCAUCUCGGAAGCCCUUAUUAAGGGUAUUCAGUCCAACAAUGGUUCUGCUGCGUGCAUGAAGCACUGGAUCGGAUACUCCAAGACCCCCACGGGUCACGACAAGGAUCCCGUUACGCUGUCCGACCUCGAUCUGCUCAACUACUUCCUGCCUCCAUUCAAGGCUGCGGUUGAUGCCGGUGUCAUGUCGGCCAUGGAGAACUACAUCUCCGUCAACGGCAUCCCCACUAUUGCCAACCACAAGCUCAUGAACAAAUUGUUACGCGAAGAUCUGGGCUUCGAAGGGCUGACCGUCGUACGUCCAUUGGCCAGCAGCGACUACGGCUUCAUCAACGCCACCAAGGCGCUUAUCGCCAACGAGCCGUCAUACUUGAACCGUGUCAAGGAGUCUGCGCGUCGCGUGAUCAAACUUAAGCUGCAGCUCGGUCUAUAUGACAACGCUGUUCCCGGCGCCGAUCUGGUAGACCAGGUCGGCAAUGACGAGGACAAGGCUGCCACGUUGAACUCGGCUCGCGAGUCCAUCGUGUUGUUGCAGAAUAACGACAGUGUUCUACCGAUUCCGGAGACGGCCAAGGUGCUCCUGACCGGUCACUCAGCCGACAAUGUCGGCUUUCAGUGCGGUGGUUGGUCGCUCAGUCAACAAGGAUACUCGGGUAACGACAUGUUCCCGAACGGUAUUACUGUGAAGGACGAAUUCCAGGCCAUUUCGAACGAGACUUUGACGUACUUUAACGGCCUAAACUACACAGGUGUGUACAACGAGAGCGACUUGGCUCAGGCGAAGGAAUAUGCCAGUCAGGCUGACUACACCGUCGCUGUAAUUGGUGAACACUCGUACACGGAGAAGACGUACGGCGACAUUAAUGACUUGGCCCUGCCGGCCGGUCAGAUCGAGUACGUGUCGGAGCUGGCGUCGACCGGCACGAAGGUGAUUGUCGUACUGGUCGGUGGCCGUCCGCGUCUGCUGGGAGAGCUUCCAAACAACGUGCACGCUGUGAUCAACGCCAUGCUGCCGUGCGAACUCGGUGGCCAGGCCAUUGCCGAGAUCAUUUACGGCCGCGUGAACCCGAGCGGACGCAUGCCCAUCACGUACCCGAAGGACGCCGGCAACAUUUUGAUGCCGUACAACCACCUCGUAAGCACGCAGUGCGCGACCGGCUAUUGCGAGAUGCAGUGGGAGUUCGGUCACGGUCUCAGUUACACAGAUUUCACCUACUCGGACAUGACGCUGAGCCGCUCGAACGUGACGUCUAUUACCGAAUCGGUGGACGUGUCAGUGGUAGUGACGAGCGCCGGCACCGUGGCCGGCAAGGAGACAGUGAUGCUGUUCCUGACUCAGCCGUUCCGUACUAUCUCAGUGCCUGAGGUGAAGCAGCUCAAGAAAUUCACCAAGGUGGAUCUGAAGGCUGGCGAGUCGACGACGGUUAAGUUUACACUGUCGGCGGACGACUGGAGCGUGUACUACCCGCAGAUCGGCAGCGGCUUGAAGAAGGUGGCGGAAGACGCGGACUACGUGCUUGCCAUUAAGCCCGAGACGGACUGCGACGUGUACAACAAGACGGCGGUGGCUAACCCGCUGUGCGCAACGUUCACGCUGCAGACGGGUGAGCACCCGUAUGGCUCGUUCGAGUAA